AUGGCAGCUUCAUCAUCAUCUUUCUUUUCUGAGUUUGGGUUGUUGUUGUAUUUGGAGGAAUUGGACAAAGAACAGUUAAAUAAAUUUAAGUUACUCCUAAAGAAUGAGACCGUAGAACCUGGGCACUGCCAGAUCCCCUGGUCUGAAGUGAAGAAGGCCAACAGGCAGGAACUGGCUGACCUAAUGAACAAGUAUUAUCCAGAAGAGCAGGCCUGGAGUGUGACUCUCAAAAUAUUUGGCAAGAUGAAUCUGAAGGAGCUUUGUGAGAAAGCAAAAGCAGAGAUCAGUUCAGCAGCCCAGACUAUGAGGCCAGAGGACAACAAGGCCAGAGAGACCCAGGGAAAUCAGAAAGCAGAGCUGGGUGUUGGAACAGAAUACCGAAUUCAAGUGAAGGAAAAAUUCUGUAUCAUGAGGGACAAGAACUAUGAAGGUUUCUGUCAUAGAAUUACUCAGGAAGAUCAAGAACUGUUGGAACAUUUAUUUGAUGUGGAUGUCAAAACUGGUGAGCAGCCACAAACAGUGGUGCUACAGGGAGCUGGUGGAGUUGGGAAAACGACCCUGAUGAGAAAGGCAAUGCUAGAUUGGGCAGAGGGCAAUCUCUAUCAGCAGAAAUUUACCUGUGUUUUUUAUCUCAAUGCAAGAGAAAUUAACCAGCUGAAGGAGAGAAGCUUUGUUCAACUUAUAUCAAAGGACUGGCCGAGCAGAGAAGGCCCCAUUGAAAGGAUCAUGUCGGAGCCAGGUAGUCUCCUUUUUAUUAUUGAUAGUUUUGAUGAACUAAACUUUGCUUUUGAGGAACCUGAGUUUGCACUGAGCAGUGAUAGGACCCAGCAACACCCGGUGUCCUUCCUCAUGAGUAGUUUGUUGAGGAAAGUGAUGCUCCCUGAGUCCUCCUUAUUAGUGACAACAACACUUACUGCUUAUAAGAGACUAAAGCCUUUGUUGAAGAGUCACCAUUAUGUAGAGCUGGUCGGAAUGUCUGAGGAUGCAAGAAAGGAAUAUGUUUACCAAUUUUUUGAAGACAAGAAGUGGGCCCUUCAAGCAUUCAGAUCACUAAGGAAUAAUGAGAUGCUUUUUAACAUGUGCCAAGUUCCCCUACUGUGCAGGGUUAUUUCUACUUGUCUGAAGGAGCAAAUGGAGAAGGCAGCUGAUGUCACCUUGAACUGCCAAACCACCACAUCUCUAUUUACCUGCUAUAUCUCUAGGUUGGUCACAUCUGUAGAUGGAAGCUGUCCUAGUCUACCUGACCAACUCCAACUGAAGAAUCUAUGCCACUUGGCUGCCAAGGGAAUAUGGACUAUGACAUACGUGUUUUACAGGGACAAUCUCAGAAAGCAUGGGUUGAAUAAAUCUGAUGUUUCAAUUUUCCUGGACAUGAAUAUUCUUCAAAAGGAUUCAGAAUAUGACAAUUGCUAUGUGUUCACCCACCUACAGAUUCAAGAAUUCUUUGCAGCCAUGUUCUAUCUAUUGAAAGGCAAGUGGGAAACUAGGGACUAUUCCUUCCAGUCUUUUGAAGACUCAAAGUUGUUAAUUGAAAGCAAAGCUUAUGAAGACAUCCAUUUGAUGCAAAUGAAAAACUUUUUGUUUGGUCUUUUGAAUGAAGAUAAAGUAAAACAUUUGGAGACAAUUUUUUAUUGUAAAAUGUCACUAGAGCUAAAAGGGGAGUUACUACAGUGGAUGGAAACAUUAGGAAAGAGUGAAUCUCCAUCACAGUUGAGAUUUCUGGAGUUGUUUCUCUAUCUGUAUGAGACUCAGGAUGAGGCAUUUAUAAACCAGGCAAUGGGCUAUUUCCAAAUGGUUGCCAUUGAUAUUUGUAGGAAAAUGCAUCUGCUUGUGUCUUCAUUCUGCCUUAAGCACUGCCGAUGUUUAAAGACCAUUAAACUGUCUGUGACUGUAGUAUUUGAGAAGAUGUUGAACUCAAGGCCUGAAGAUGAAACUUGGCAAAUAGAUCGUGAUCACAUUACUCAUUGCUGGCAAGACCUCUGUUCAGUGCUUCAUACAAAUGAAUACUUAAGAGAAUUGGAGCUGUUUCAUAGCAACCUCGAUGAGUUAGCAGCAAAGACUCUAUAUCAAGAACUAAGGCACCCAAACUGUAAACUACAGAAACUACUGUUGAGAUUCAUGUCUUUCCCUGAUGGUUGCCAAGGUAUUUUUAAUUCUAUGCCUCAGAACCAGAAUCUGAUACACCUGGACCUGAAAGGGAGUGACAUAGGGGAGAAUGGAGUAAAGUCAUUAUGUGAAGCCUUGAAACACCCUGAGUGUGAACUACAGAAUCUAAGACUUGAAAGGUGUGGCCUCAGAGUGGCUGUUUGUGAGGAUCUCUCUUCCGCUCUUCUUAGCAGUAAAAGGCUGAUACAUUUGUCCUUGGCACACAAUGCUUUGGAAGACAGUGGAGUAAAGCUUAUUAUUGAUGCUUUAAAACAUCCACAGUGUACUCUACAGAGCCUUAUAUUGAUGGGCUGUCUUCUUACCAGUGCAUGUUGCCCAGAUCUAGCUUCAGCUAUUUUAAACAACUCAAACUUGAGAAUCCUGGACCUUGGAAACAAUUAUUUACAGGAUGAUGGAGUAAAAAUUCUGUGUGAGGCUUUGAGACAUCCAAGCUGCAACAUUCAGAGUCUUGGGUUGGAAUGCUGUGGUUUGACAUCUUUAUGUUGUCAAGAUCUCUCCUCAACUCUUAGCAUCAGCCAAACACUGAUAAAAAUAAAUCUGACACGGAAUACCUUACGGUAUGAAGGAAUUAAAAAGUUGUGUGAAGUUCUGCAGUCUCCUGGAUGUAAACUACAAAUUCUAGGAUUGUCCAAAAAGACAUUUGAUAAGGAAGCCCAGAAACUGUUGGAGGCUGUGGGAGUUAGCAAUCCAUCCCUAAUCAUUAAGUCCACCCGAAAUGACCAGAAUGAAGAAGAUGGAUCCUGGUGGCAGCAUUUAUGA